AUCUGUCAGUCCUUAACCUUUGAAACAAUGCAAACCGCUAUUCCGAGCAGGAGUGGCUUAUGUUUUUUUCUAAGCUUCCUAAGAGUUUGCAUACAAUUGACAAAUGCUGGCUAUUUUAAUCUUUCAGGAGGACAUAUAGCUGAUGCCAUAACGAGAUCUGCUGUAUGAGUACAGGUUAUUGUAGUCGCAUUUGGUCAUUAAGAUUUUGGUCAUUUGCGUUUAAGGACUGGAAAUAAUACUUUCUAAACUAACAUCAUCAUGAAAUCAAUGAGGGAAGUAAAUCUGGAUACAUACAGUUUGUCUCUACUUACGGCAAAAGAAGAUAUCCUGAAUCCACGAUCGUCAACAAACUGGGCUUUAUUUGCCUAUGAUGGAAUAAUGAACAGGCUCAAACUGGCUGAUUCUGGAGUAGGUGGACUGAAAGAACUGUCGACUAAACUCCACCAUAGACUGCCACUUUACGGGAUGUGCAGAGUGGGCACAUCUCAACCCUGCAUCGUUAUGAUAUUAUGGGUGGGAAAUGAAGUGGACGAGUACCGCAGAGCUGAGUGUGCGAGUCAUUUACCAGCGAUCAGGGCCUUCUUUAAGGAAGUUCACAUCUUUCUUCCUGCCCGCACUUUGGAUGAAAUCACAGAAGAGAGGAUCUGUGCGCUGGCCCAUAAUGCUGCAGUGGUCACGAUGGGGCCGAGAGUGAGACCCAGCCGCCGGAUGGAAGACAGACAGGCGAUUGUGGGCACUAAUUACAAGCGAACAAUCGCAGCCGCAGAGAUCCAGAGAAUCCAGAGAGAUUCUUUCUGGGCACAAGCAGAGAGAGAAGAGGAGGAAAGGAAAAAGGAGGAACAGCGGAGGGCAGCAGAGGACAGGAGACAGAGAGAGAAAGAACGAAUGCUCCAGGAAAAGAGAGAUGCGAUGGAGAGAGAGAGGAGGUUGAAUGAAAAGGAACAGAAAAUAAAGGAGCAGAGGAGAAUACAGGCCCAAAUGGAGGCUGAGGCCCACAAACAAGAGAAAUUAAAAUGGCAUCAGGAAAGGCAGCGUGAAGAAGAGGAAACGAGAGCUAGAUAUGUGCGCUCUGAAUCAGAGGAAAAAUCUGCACAGGAGGCAGCAGCUCUAGUGUCUCAGCGUGUUGUAAACCCCAGAGAGUUUUUCAGACGACUGUCCUCCACAAGUGUCCACACAGAUUCCAAUCCCAGCUCAACAAGUCCAGUCAGGAGCCCCUAUAGACAACUGCAUCGCAGUCAGACGGACAGUAUCUUCAGGUUCAAUGAAUCACCUUCUUCUACACCUGCAUCCCCGUACAGACCAUCAUUGGUAUCUCCUUACAUUCAGUCGACUACCACUUCACAGAGCCCACCUCUUUUCACUAACACUGCAGCUUCCUCAUUGCAGAAUGGUGCAACAGUAUCUAUCAAAAGCCAGAUCCACUCGUCUUCACCUAAGACAUUUGACGUAACUGCUGCUGACCCUGCGCCACGGCUCCAAACUCAACCAUCACCUUCAACUAUUGCAACUGAAUCUGAAACAGAAACUCCUAUUGGAGAAAUACUAGAUAGUCUGGUCUUUUAUCCACCUCCACCAACUGCUGAGCAGCUCAAAACAGAUGAAUCAGAGAUGGUGGAUGAGUUUCCUCCACCUCCAUCUGGCUUUGAGAAUUCACCAGAAUUGGCUGUGAACCAGCCUGAGACACUUGUCGACCCCUUAGACACCCUUAUGUCAUCUCUUCCUCCAUCAUGUCUUUUGGUACCUGAGCCCCCUGUCAGACCACUUCCUGCGCUGCCUGUUGCCCCACAAAUGCUGAAAGACAUGGAAUCGAAAGGAGAUUUCACUGCUCGGGCAUCGGUUAUAUCUACGGUUGAGGAGGAAGAUGUGGAGGAAGAGAAUGAGGAAAGGGAGAUUAAAGAUGAGGGGAAAGAUGUGCCAGGGAGUGAUGGAGAGAGAAGGGGUCAGGAAGAAGGGAAGGGAAGGGAGGGAGAAGAGGAGGAGGAACAUGAUGGGCUGAUUAUGGAAAAACAUGAAAGUGAAAAAGAAUUUAAUGGUAAAAUGAUGGAAAAAUGUGAGAGUGGGAAAAAACAAGAUGGGAAAAUGUUGGAUGAAAGUGAGAGUGGAAAAGAACAAGAUGUGAAAAUGCUGGAAGAAUGUGACAGUGGAAAAGAAAAAGAUGGGAAAAUGUUGGAAGAACGCGAAAGUGGAAAACAACAAGAUGGGAAAAUGUUGGAAGAACGUGAGAGUGGAAAAGAACAAGAUGGGAAAAUGUUGGAAGAAUGCGAUAGUGGAAAAGAACAAGAUAGGAAAAUGUUAGAAGAACGUGACAGUGGAAAAGAAAAAGAUGGGAAAAUGUUGGAAGAACGUGACAGUGGAAAAGAAAAAGACGGGAAAAUGUUGGAAGAACGUGACAGUGGAAAAGAAAAAGAUGGGAAAAUGUUGGAAGAACAUAAGAGUGGAACAGAAAAAGAUGGGAAAAUGUUGGAAGAACGUGAGAGUGGAAAACAACAAGAUGGGAAAAUGUUGGAAGAACAUGAGAGUGGAAAAGAAAAAGUUGGGAAAAUGUUGGAAGAACGCGAGAGUGGAAAAGAACAAGAUGGGAAAAUGUUGGAAGAACAUGAGAGUGGAAAAGAAAAAGAUGGGAAAAUGUUGGAAGAACAUGAGAGUGGAAAAGAAAAAGAUGGGAAAAUGUUGGAAGAACGCGAGAGUGGAAAAGAACAAGAUGGGAAAAUGUUGGCAAAAUGCGAGAGUGGAAAAGAACAAGAUAGGAAAAUGUUGGAAGAACGUGACAGUGGAAAAGAAAAAGAUGGGAAAAUGUUGGAAGAACGGGACAGUGGAAAAGAAAAAGAUGGGAAAAUGUUGGAAGAACCCGAGAGUGGAAAAGAACAAGAUAGGAAAAUGUUGGAAGAAUGUGACAGUGGAAAAAAACAAGAUGGGAAAAUGUUGGAAGAAUGUGACAGUGGAAAAGAAAAAGAUGGGAAAAUGUUGGAAGAACCCGAGAGUGGAAAAGAACAAGAUGGGAAAAUGUUGGAAGAACAUGAGAGUGGAAAAAAAAAAGAUGGUAAAAUGUUGGAAGAAUGCAAGAGUGGAAAAGAACAAGAUGGAAAAAUGUUGGAAGAACAUGAGAGUGGAAAAGAAAAAGAUGGUAAAAUGUUGGAAGAAUGCAAGAGUGGAAAAGAACAAGAUGGAAAAAUGUUGGAAGAACAUGAGAGUGGAAAAGAAAAAGAUGAUAAAAUGUUGGAAGAAUGUCAGAGUGGAGAAGAACAAGGUGAGAAAAUGCUGGAAGAAUGUGACAGUGGAAAAGAACAAGAUGGGAAAAUUAGUGAGGAAGAAGAGAGUGAAAAAAUACAACAUACAAAAAUUAUGUUAGAAUAUUUUGCGUUAGAAAAAGAGCACGACAGGGAAAUUACAGAAAAACAUGAGGAAGAUGGGAAAAGUUCGAUAGAAUUCGAGAAUGAAAAAAUAAUGGAAGAACAUGAGCAAGGUGGAAAAAUUGUGGAUGUAUUUAACAAUGAAAAUGAACAAGAUAGGAAAAAAAUGGAAGUAUUUGAAACUGAAAAAAUGCAAUAUGAGAAAAAGAUGGAAGAAUGUGGGCAAGAAAAUGAGCAAGAUAGGAAAAGUACAGAAAUAUGUGAGGAAGAACAGGACAGUGAACAGAAACAAGGUGGGGAAAUUGAUAGAAAAAUAAUGGAAGAACAUGGAAGCAAAGAAAAACAAGAUAAGAAAAUUGUUGAUGCAUUUGACAGUGAAAAAGAACAAUACGGGACAAGCAUGGAAGUAUCUGAGACUGAAAAAAUACAAUAUGUGAAAAGUAUGGAAAAAUGUGGGCAAGAACAUGCGCAAGACGGAAAAAUUGUAGAAAAAAGUGAAAAAGAACAUGACAAUGAAAAAGAACAAGAUGGGAAAGGUGUAGUAAAACAUGAAGAUGGGAAAAUUCCUGAAGAACGCAAGAGUGAAAAAAUACAGGAUGGAGACAUCAUAGAUGAACAUGAAAGUGGCAAAGAAGAAGAUGGGGGAAUUCUGGAAAAUGAGCAAAAUGGAAAAAUUGUAGAAAAAUGUGAGGAAGAACAUGAGAGUGAAAAAGAGCAAGAUAUGAAAAUUAUGCAAACACAUGACAGUGAAGAACAAGAUGGUAGAAGGUCAGAAGAACAGGACUGGGAAAUUAUGGAAGAGCUUGAGAGUGAAAAAAUACAAAAUGCAAAAAUGAGGUUAGAAUAUAUGGGAGAAAAAGAGCAAGAUUGUAAAACUGGGGAAAGGCAUAAAGAUGAAAAAAGUCUGGAAGAACACAAGAGUGAAAAAGAACAGGAUUGGAAAAUGACAGAAGACUAUGAGAGUGAAAAAAUUCAAUAUGGGAACAUCAUGGAAGAACAUGAAAGUGAAAAAGGAAAAGAUGGGAUGACGGAAAACCGACAGAUCCAAGACAAUGAACGAAUGAGGUGUGAGGAUGUAGACAGAACAGUGAAUGUGACUGUGCUCAGGAAGGACGAAUCAUAUACAGAGAUUAUAAAGAGGGAUGAGCCUACAGAAGAAAGUGUUGAACGGGUGAAGAGUGAUAAAGGAAAUGAGAAGGAAGAGAUGAACACACCUUUAAUCCAGACCGAAGAAUCCAGUGCUGAUACACUUUUCUCCCAGCAUUCACCACUCAUCCCAGAAUCCCAUGCCACAGAGCCAUCUCAAUACAAUGACACAUCUAUUCCUGAAAGUAUUUCAACCACUCAAGAUAAAAAUGAGCCACAGACGAGCUCCUCACACCAAAUAAACUUACCAACUAUUCAGAUUGAGUCAGAUCUUUCCAACCUGAGCAAUCAAAGAGAUUCAGAUGACAUGAAAGAGAAGACAUCUGUUGACUCUCAGUCUUCCUCCAAAAACAGCCCAGACGCUCCCCCUGAACAGGGUCUUAAUGCAGAAACACAUGUUACAGUGAAGGAUGAACAGAGUGAUGCAGAAAUGCCUAAAGAGGUUAACAUUUUGGACAGCAGCAAUGAUUUGGCUGAAGGGAUCAAUGCUCAGUGCAAGACAAUACCUACAUCUGAGAAUCAAGCCAGGAUUGGACAGCCAGAUGAGAGGGAGGGGCUUGUAACUGUCAGUCAUUUCAUCCAAGACCCAGAUACUGCAGUGGACCUAAAGCAUUGUAUUACUCAGCAGCUGAAUCCGACCAAUGACUUAAGUGAUGUUGAAGAGGGAGAGGAGGCUAUAUCACUCAUAUUUAGAGACACAGAUGUGGAGCAGAACUUAAAAUGUGAUUCAGAUCCUGAUCAAGACAAUGAAGACAUAAAACACCCAUAUCUACAGAAAUGCCAAACCAUCACGAAAACACCCAGUGACAUGAGGAAUGAAAAGACAGCUGAUGAAAAGUGAGGAACAUGGGAGAUAAUUGGAGAUACCAUGGGAACUGUGUACCAAUCAUAGAGAAGACUGUUUAGAGAACCGAAAGAUGACCAACGGAUGUUUCUCUCAGCUAAUCAAUGGAGGCCUUUCAGUGAUUUACUCACAAUUUUUCUCUUGUGUGCACAAUACUGCAAUAUAUUGUAUGUAAGUAGCACGUGUUCAGAACUGUGUCCACAAAUGCACUUGAUAUACAAUGGGGUCCAAAAGUAUGAGACCAGUUUUAAAAAUAAAAAUUCUCUUAUCAUUUACUCACCCUCAUGCCUUCCCCGAUGUAUAUGACUUUAUUUCCUCAGAUACCGUAAACACAAAUGAAAAACCGUUCACAAGAGGGACGCUGUGACGCGUGACAUAAAUGUGUUCUGAAGCUCGCACAAGAGGGCCGCCACUUCUCACAUGAGCUUCACAACGCACUUAUGUCACGUCAUAAUGUCCCACUUGUGAAUGCUUGUAUAACAGUAGACCAGAAGCAAUGAUUUAUAGUUUAAAAAGUAAAAAAAUUUAGUAUUUUUCUUACACACACCUAUCAUUUCACUUCAGAAGUCAUUGUUUCAUCUACUGGGGUCAUAUGGUUACCAUCACGAUCACUGUGUGUGUGGUUUUUCAAGUGUCAAAGGAGCGGCAACCAUUCAAUGGCAUUAUAUGGACUCACAGAGAUGGAUUAUUUGCCUGUUAGUAGAAUAAGUUGACAUGUAGUUGCACAGUUACUUACAGUCAGCAGAAUAUCUGUUGGCGGAGCAACAAAGUAAAGUGUUGGCAGAUAUUAAGCAAACAGUCUACUAAUACUCUAAUGAGAGUUAGUCGACAUGUAGUUGCAAAGUUAGUAGAAUGUCUAAAGUGGACUAUCGAAAUAAAGUGUUACCUAAGAAGACAUAUUUCUCAAAUUACACUACAGAAUGUGAUCAUCAGGUUUUGUUCAUGUCAGCUUUAGUGCUGCUGUCAUUGAGUGCAAAAGUUGGGUUUCGUAAGUAAAAACUCCAUUCACUUUCUCCAUAGGGAAAUUGAUUUUUACUUAUAAACGUUUAAAAAAGUUUUACUGUGAGCUACGAGGUUGUUGAUCGAUAGUAUUUGAUUCCGUUGAAGCCGCCAGACUGCAUUAUUUCAUCUGAUUUUUAAAAUAAUCAUUUAACAGCAGAAUUCGCGGUGAAAAACUACAUUACCAAUGAUGUUUUACAGAAAAUUCCACAAAAAACAAAAUGCGGCAAAGUUCACUUUAGCUCCGCCCACUCCCAUGAAGCGCUGCGAAUUACAUAAGAGUCAAUCUCCUUACUUAAUACUUAAAUAUUUGUGUGUGUGUGUAUAUAUAUAUAUAUAUAUAUAUAUAUAUAUAUAUAUAUAUCAACAUUUGUAAAUGAGUAGUUUUAUAUUUAUGUCAUUUUUUAUUUGAUUAUGCUGUUCGUAAUGCUUCAUGGGACUGUAGCUCUUUCACUAAAGCCGUCUUUGUCUGAUUUUCUAAAACGUUUUUGCUUCAAAUCAAGGUUUGUAAUGUUGUGAUUCUCCUUGUAGCUGGUUGGCUUGGUUUGUGGCUUAUAAUGCUUUAAUGAAGACUUUUUUGAAAUCCCUAUGGGAAAAAUGAAUGGAAAAUAUACUUCUGGAACCUAUGCUGCUGAAAAAGUGUACGGGCGCUUUUGAACUCUAUUGAAGCAAAAGGA